UUUUUCUGCAUUUUUGUCUAAUUUUACCACGUUAAUGGGAAAUGUCGAGUCUUUUUUUUAACCUCACUGUUUCGCUGUAGAUGGAUUAGGGUGUAAAAUCUUCGUGUUUUGUGUUUUUUUUUUUUUUUUUUAAACCUUACAUUCACCAGUAAGCCGUAAAUAUGCAGCCACUGAGCGCCAUUGGUCGCCUUUUUUGUGUUUUCUGCCGUCGUCCGUGCAAAGACAGGCGCCGUUUUGUACAGAUAAGAAACCACCCAGCGGAACGACUGUUUUGUGAGUCUCAGUCAAGGUCAGUAAUGCUUCACCAUCAGGACCAACCUCUGAAGUCGGCCUAUGGAGGGCAAGGAGGCUCCAACAAUGGCUCUUCCUCCUCACUGCGCAACAGGAACAAAGACGGCAACUUCAACUUCCUGCCCGGUAAAGAUGAUGAGGGCUUCACAGGCAACGGAGGAGGAGACGAGAACCGAAACCAGGUGCGUCCCCGCAACCUGGGCCCGCUGGGUCGUGACCCUCUGAACUCCUCGCCGUCUACUGGGUAUCACCACAACUCAGGGCUUCUGUCACCGCGCUCCCGCCUGCCCUGCUGGAGCCCCCUGGAGCCCCUGCCCGAGAUCGAGAGCGGGGAUGACGGUUACGGCCGAGUGCCCCCUGACGGAGCGGAGGAAGGCAGGAUGGAGGAAGAGGUGAGAAGGGUGAUGAUGAGCCACAAUGAGGAGAAGCAAAGAGAGAAAGGGGAGCUGCAGAGGAGGAAAAGCAGCUUGGGUUUCAGAGGAAGGGAGGAAGAGGAAGACGAGGUGGGGCUGGACGACGAUGACGAAUGGGGCAACAGCGACUCUGAGUCUGAGUUAAGCUACCAGUCGGGCAGCAGCAUGUCCUCCCUCAACAUGGACAGUGGAGGCGAAGGGAAGCUCAUGGGAGUCUGGGACCGCAUCGGAGUCGGGGAACCAAAACCCAACCAGCAGGAAAGUGACCCAACCAGAAACAGUAACAGAGAACCAGCUGGAAGACGCAGAAGCUGCAGCCGCAAGUCGCUGACAGGAAGCAAUCUGGGGCAUCUUCUGGAGGAAGGAACAGAAGAGCAAGGCAAUGAUGAUCGGUCUUCAGACUCAGACGGCGAGCUGCCAGAGCUGAUGGACGCGGUGUGGACGCUGCGAGACCGCGAGCGCUUCAAGGCCCAGGAGAUGGAGAAGCACCAGGUGCAGCUGACCAUGUACCGCCGCUUGGCGCUGAUCCGCUGGGUCCGCACCCUGCAGAGCCGCAUCCAGGAGCAGCAGAACCGCCUGCAGUCCAGCUUCGACGUCAUCCUCACACAGAGGAAGGAACUGCUGCGCAUGGGCGCCGCUGCCAACGUGGCCAACGCUGCGCCCGCUGCCGCUGUCAGCCAGUCAUAAAGAGAGAGAGAGGAGGAACUGAAACAGGAAGUGGUUAAAAACGCCAUUUUAGUUCUCUUUGCUUUUAUCCUGAAGACAUUUCCCCUGAAAAAGAAGACAGUCCAUCAUCCUGUCUGACAUUUUUUAGCUUCACACUUGUGUUGCUGAUUGUAAUGACACAAAAACUUGUGUUUUUGUUGAUUUUCUUUACUGGUGUCCCACCCAGAGCAUCAAUAAAUGUAUUUGACUCAUCUUCAACUGAAGACUGGACUCAACGCCUGUAUCUACACCAAAACCAAAAUGUAUCACUUAGGAUGUAUUCUGGUCAAAGCAAGAGAUGAUGAACACUUUGUUGUGAGAUUAAUAUGAUAUUUAUAUCAAAAAUAUUCAGUGUGUGUAUGCUGUUGUUCUUUGUCUUAACCUGUGUGUAGAAAACACCCGCUGUACCAAAAAAAAGUAUCGGAAAAUAAUAUAGAUUUUACAUUGUUAGAGAGGAUUUAUACCGUGAGAUCAUGCUGUAUAUAGAGAGAUAAAAGGUACAUUAAAAGAAUAAAUAAAAUGAUCUUAUAUCUAA